UGACAAGUCCACAGAACCUUAAAAGUAAAGCUCAACAUGUCCGGGCCACCUGGGCAAAACGCUGUAAUAUCGUUAUCUUCAUAAGCUCCGAGACAAAUAAAGAUUUCCCAACUGUGGGGGUAAAUACAACUGAAGGCAGGGAACAUUUAACUGCUAAAACAAUGCAGUCAUUCAAAUACUGCUGGGAUAACUAUAAGGACCAAGCUGAUUGGUUCCUCAAAGCUGAUGAUGAUACGUUCGUCAUUGUAGAAAAUUUAAGAUAUUUACUAUCAGCUUAUAAACGGACAGAUCCUAUAUACUUUGGACAUAAGUUUAAAGUAAUUAUAAAACAGGGUUAUUUCAGUGGUGGUGGUGGUUAUGUAUUAUCUCAUGAGGCCUUAAAAAGAUAUGCUGAGAAAGGAGUGAAAGAUCCUGCACAUUGUCAUCCCGAUGGUGGCUCAGAAGAUGUAGAGAUGGGAAGAUGCAUGGAGCAUCUGGGGGUCACCGCAGGAGAUUCAAGGGAUGCUUUAGGACGUAGUCGUUUUCAUUGUUUCAAUCCUCCAACUCAUCUUGAUGGCGGGUACCCUGACUGGUUUCUUUCGUAUGAUGCUCAUGGGGCUAAGGGUGGCCCAGGGAACAUCAGCGACUAUGCUAUUUCAUUCCACUAUGUCGACCCAAAAAUGAUGUAUCAUUUAGAAUUCUACACGUAUCACCUUCGUCCAUAUGGCAUCAUCACUGGCACCCAGAACCUCAAUGCAAAACCAAAAGUCUGAACAUUCUUAUGGCGUCUGAAGCAUUAGACCUGCUCAAGAACAAUUGCAACGUCGAAUAUUAGUAUUGGACCCCCUCACAUAUGUCGGGUGUUUAGGGAGAUGGGUCACACGUGUUUGAUGGUAGGCUACUAAGCAGGAUUCAUUCAACAUAUAAGAAUAAUACUUGGAUAGAGGAAUAUGAGGGCCCAUCUAGAGAAUUUUGUUAAGGACAAUAGUACAAAUGUAUGAUGUAGCAACCAACUUACCUUAGAUAUAGGAACUGAUAUAUAUCUGGCCACAACCUAAGUAGUGAAUGGAGACUU